AUGCCGCGACUUAAUCGCCGUGAGCAGCUUCCGCUGCACAUCAAGCGCGCAUUAUGCGCGCAUCACGUCAAGCACCCCCUUCUGCGUCACGUAGACUUGGCCCGCUGGGUUUACGCCCAGUAUGGCCUGCGGCCUGACCGCUCCACGGUCGGACGCAUUUUGAAGAAUGCCGAUCGUUGGGCAAUCACCGACCCCGCCGCCGCCAAUCAAGUGCGCCGUCGUGGUGGCGCAUGGCCCGAGCUUGAGCAGGCGAUGGCUCGCUGGAUCGCUAACGCUGGCCCCGCAGGCGUACCACUCACUCUGCAAACGAUCCGCGAUCACGUGGCGAUUAUGGCGCGCAACAUGGGCAUUCCGCCCGUGUUUCGAUGCUCCAUUGGCUGGGUGCGCCGUGCGUUGCGGCGCCAGGGAGUGCGGUGCCGUGCCGCCACCGGCGAGGCGGCGAGCGCCGACAUGGCUGCUGUGCGUGAAGCGCGUGAGAAGGUGCCGGCGCUUCUUACUCACCUCGGCUACCAGCCGCGCGACACCUUCAAUCUUGACGAGACAGCUCUGUGGCUCUCUGUGCUGCCCCGAAAAACAUACAGCAACGCCCGCAUUCCGGGUCGCAAGGUCUCAAAGGAGCGGCUGACCGUCGCGUUUCUCGUCAACGCCGACGGCAGCCAUGUUUUCCGGCCGCUCGUCAUCAGCAAGGCGCGCCGUCCUCAUGACUUCCGGCCGGACUACGACCCCGAAGCCGUCUGCUACUGGCGGCAUAACGCCAAGGGCUGGAUGACCAGUGCGUUGUUCACCAACUUCAUAUCGCAGCUCAAUGCCGCGAUGUAUGCCGAAGGGAGGGAAAUCGCGGUGCUGCUCGACAAUGCCAGCUCCCAUAUGCUGCAGGACGAGUGCGCGUGGAGCGAAAUCGUCUGCGGCAUGCGGACCACCCACCUCAGCAACGUGCGCCUCAUCUUCCUGCCGCCGAACACAACCGCCUUCACGCAGCCGCUCGACCAGGGGAUAAUCGCGACCGCGAAGGCCCGCUAUCGCCAGCACUGGCUGCGUGCCUUCACGGCGCCGUGGAACGACGACGGCGCAACAAGCGCUGUGGCCCGCUAUCGCCCCAAUCAGCACGAUGUGCUGGGGUGGCUCUCAGACGCCUGGAUGAGUGUCGGUGCGCGCACCAUCCAGAGGUGCUUUUGGCGCACGGGCUGCAUGCCUCUGUCGUGGUCCCUGGAGCUCACCCAUGUGUAUGAUGAUGAGCCGACCCCACAUGCGUACCCCGACAUUGAGCUCGACGACGACAUCGACGACGUCGGCGACCUCAUUGGCGGACUCGGCCUCGGCACCGGCGCGAUGACCGCCGCCGAGUACGUCGCCAUCGACGAGGGCGAGCCGACGUGCGCGGAGGCGGCAGCGGGCGCGACACCGGAUGAUGCGGACGUGGGCCUGGUGGCGGAGCUAUGGAGGGCGCCUACCAAGAUGCAGGCCGUGUAUGACGAAUCCGACCCAAUCGGCCGUGAAGCGCGGCGCACGGCACGGGCGGCCAGCGAGAUGCUCAUCGGCUACGCUCGCGCCGUGAGCGUGACGCCGCGCGACCUUUGCCACCUGUUCGACAUUCGUAAUCCGAUUAUCAGGGAGCGCAUGGAGCGGGCAAGCCCCGCGCUCAAUCUCAACACGGCCCCGCCGCCGCGGCUUUCGCCGACUGUAACUCCGCCGCCUGACACCCCGCGUCCGAGGGGCCGAGUGCUGCCUGGCUGGAUGACCCAGCCGUCCCGCCGUCAGCAGCUUCUGGACGCCGGGGUUGGCGCCGCGAUGGGCGGGUACGUGGAGGCGGCAGAGUGGAUGCAUGUGUGA